AAUUUGCCCUGGCUUCCUCGCGCUUUGAGACUCUCUGAUGUGGGGACUGGAAAAGGCCUGCCUGUUUGAGCACUUGUUAAUUUAUUUGAGCACUCCUUUGGAAACAAGCAGGAUCAGGUGCUUAAGGCGCCUGUUUCGGCGCUGCCACAGGGUGGCCCCCCAGCAAAGCCCAGAGCAGCCCGUGGCGCCAGUUCUGCGGUUCCACAUCCCUUCCCCAGGGCUGCUCGAGGAUGAGCAAGUAUACAUCCUCGGGGUCAUCCAGAGCUGCCAGGCAGCUGAGCUCAGGGGGCUGCGAACCCUGAAGUGCUCCAUGCAGGAGACGGCCAAAGCCAUUCUGGAUAUCUUGGGGCCCAUGGAGCACUUCAGGGAUCGCCCCCUGACCCUGGCCCUUGCCUUGGAGGCCCUCCUCCAGGUAAGUACCAUGAGGCCCAAAUUCAGCUGUGACAUGAUCAGUGCGAUCCUCCAUAGGACCAUGGAGGCAGUUCUUCAGGGCCCAGAAAAGGAGGAGGAAAGAGAGGAGCUGAAGCGCCACUUCCGUCUCCUCCUAGGAAGUCUCCUUAUGGAAGCCCCCAAUCCUGGCACCCUCCUGCAACUUUUAAGCAUAAGUGUCCCGAUGGCAUCAGGGGUGGUUUUAGGGUUGCCCCCCCCCCAUCCCUUACCCAACGGGCUGCCCCAUUUCUGGGGCACAGAGCCUGUUUGGCCCUCAAUUUGGUCCAAGACCAGACUGGCCCCUGACUCUGAGACGCUCUUUCCUCCUGCAGGACUUGCGAGGAUACGCCCUGGGGGAAAGUGGGGAGGCUCAAAAACAAGUGGCCAGCGGCAUUUCGUUGCUGCUGGCCGUUGCCCGGAAAUUUCCCCACCUCCAAAUGACGGUAGUUUGUCCGGACCUGGCCUGCUUCCGCCUGAAGCCGAAAGAAGGUCAGCCCCACACCUUGGAGACAGCGAACUACCUUAUCCCUUAUUUGCCCAAGACCCACCUCCAAGGUCUUCUUUCUGGGAGUCCUGCAGCACCUGCUCCCUGCCUGGCAGGCCUUUCCCACCUGCCCUGGGAGGGCAGCGUCCGGACUGA